GUGAGAGGCCGACCCCGGAAGAGAGCCCUCGCUUGGCCAGGGACGAAGCGACGGAGUACACAGCACACCAGCCCCUCAAAUGCAUGCCCAGUCCCCUCCGCCGGCCCGGGGGCCGCUUUCGGCAGACCAUACGCCCUGAGUUCGCACCUUGGCCGUCUUUCUUCCCCCCCCCUCCUUUCUCCCUCCUCUCCCCCUGCAUUCUUUCAUUAGCAAUGUCUGCCACCACCAGCGCCCUCCGUCCCUACCUGAAUGCCGUCAAGGCCAGUCUCGAUGCCUCCCUGUGCAUUGAGAACUUCCCCUCUCAGCUGGUCGAGCGCCACAACAAGCCUGAGGUCGAGGCCCGCUCCUCCAAGGAGGACCUCCUGACCCCGAUUGUGGUCAGCCGUAACGAGAACGAGCGCGUCCUCAUCGAGAGCUCCAUCAACUCCGUCCGCAUCUCCAUCAGCAUCAAGCAGAUCGAUGACAUCGACCGCAUUCUCUGCCACAAGCUCACCCGCUUCCUGAUGAUGCGUGCUGAGAACUUCGUUGUCCUUCGCCGCAAGGCCAUCGCCGGCUACGACAUCUCCUUCCUGAUCACCAACUUCCAUGUCGAGCAGAUGUACAAGCACAAGCUCGUGGACUUCAUCAUCCAGUUCAUGGAGGACAUCGACAAGGAGAUUUCCGAGAUGAAGCUUUCUCUCAACGCCCGCGCUCGUAUUUGCGCUGAGGAGUUCCUCAAGCACUUCUAAGCAGUCGCUUUCCCCCUGCAUCUAUGGUAUGUCGUGCGCGUGCGUGCGUACACAUGCUCACACAUGCACGCGCUCAUACCCACACACUGGGGCCCCCUGUCGCCGGUUUGCUUGCGGCCCCCCCGCCUGGGCGGGAGAGACCCAUAGCACGACAUCUGCCCCUCUUCCGGAGUAUGUGCAUGUGCAUGUGUAUGCGGGUGCAUGCGGGUGUGCGCGACUGCGCACGCGCACUCCCAGCAUACCCUCCCCCUAUCUCUCCCUCUAUCCCCCCUCCUUCUCCUCCACAUACACACACAUGCACACACAUGCACACAAACAAAGCCUCUCAUCCCACAUCGCGCAUGCGAGCACUGGCUUCCUGCUCUUCUCUGCGUUCGCUCAUACUGCGCCCCUUGCGCCUCUUUUCCCGCCAGUUCCCCCCGGGGGUGUGGUGUGAGCCUGCGUCAGUGCGCCUUCUCCUCCUCCUCCUCCUCCUCCUGGCGUGUGUAUGUAUGUUCGCUCUCCGUUUGCCACUCGGGGCGAGUGCGCAUGUCCGUUCCAUAGCCAUGCAUCCCUUUCCUCUUCAAAACAAUACAAUCCUCCCCAGGACACGGCUCUCCUGCUUUUUGCUC